AUGAAACAUUUCCAGUACGACGACAUUCCAACACACGGGCACAUGAAGCUCCAAAAACAGCGUCAGCUGCUAGGGUACUACCGGCUCUUGAAAAAUGAAUUCCCCCAGCUGCAUGAGCUGGCAGAGCCGUUCCAGCCCCCACCCGCACAAAAUAUCCUGCAGUUUACAUUCACCCAUUACCAGGGCGAAGAGCAUCCCAAUGCGCGCAAGGUCGUGCUCCACGUCAAUGUAGAAGACCUCGCCAAGGUACAUGCACUUGACACGACGUACGCAAAGCACAAGUUCUUGCUGCUCGCAGGCUCUCGAUGGCAACCGACGAGUCCUGCGCUGGUCGGUCGUCUGAAUGCGGCGCUUGCACAAAGCAAGGAGGCGCUCGAUGCGGCCUACAAUGCGGAACCGCUUGGUGUUGUGACGAUUGCAAGCACGGCGUAUCCACAUGAGCCGCAAAACAUGAAAUGGUGCAGCGAUGUGCUGGACCGGAUGAUUGAAGAGGCGAACAAGGAGCCGAGCUUUGCCGAUAUCCCUCUCGAUGUUCGUCCCUAUAUCAAGUCGAAUGCACGCGGCGGUCAAACACUGCGGCCCACGGUAUCCGACUUCCCGGCAGAAUGGCUAUAG